GCCAUUUCCUGAAGCAAAAAGUGGCAGGGAGAGGUGUCUCAAGUCGAUGUUGUUAAAAACGAAUUAAAAGUAAUUUUGUGUGAGAAAGGCCAUUGCGUUCUGCUGCAGGAACUGCCGAACAAAAACCAAGGUAAGAUACCAAGUUUGUGCAACUCAAGUGCUCAUUAAACAGUUCCUUCUACCUAAGACUUGUGUUUGCGUUAUAAGUAUAAAUACAGUUAAGUCGAUAACCGAAAAGCCACCGUAAAGCUCGUACAAGUACGCGAAAGACUCAACAGUAGUUUGUGUUGUGAAUUUUGAAGUUAAAAGUCAAGUAAGUUAGUUGUUUGGAAAAAAUGUUAAACAUGAAGAAGCGAGAUAUAAUCAAAAAGUGUUUUAAUGGUAACAAUGGAGUUGGCGGCAGACCGAAGCCUAAAUCACUAAUAAAAUGGACUCGGAAGACUCGCGUGAUGCGUCUUCUGACAACGAAAGUGAGAGAAAAGGGCCCCACAGUCCCGCCAGUUCUAGAUCCAGAAGUCGAAAUUCACAGGCGGCUUCGGUCAUAAGCAGGUCUGCGUCGCCACAAAGUGGGCCUGAAUCGUUAAGCAGAUCCACGUCGCCUGAAGACAGCCAGAGUGGCCCCAAAUCGCCGGCCUCGUCACGUAGUGGCUCGCCUAAUUCACCCGAAAACCCCCCUAGGUCCCCGCCCAAUGGCGACGGUCCUAGGUCCCCCUCACCCGCUAACUCGUCCCGGUCCAGCUCACCAGCCGGGCUCAAAAGCCCCAUUUCAAAUAACGGAGACAAACGUUCAGAAAGUCGUAGCUCAAAACAUUCAAUAUCGCCAGAUAGGGUGACUAAUAUUUCCGACAGAUCGGGGUCCUCACGUGCGAAGAGGUCAGACAAUGAGGACGGAAACACGUCUGAUUCAAGUGUAGCGAGUGUAGAUUCGUCCAGUCGAAAGAAUAAAAAUAUCACGAAAAAUGUUGAUACAUUACCAGAGGAAAUUUCCGACGGUGAUAUGGAAUCAGACCAUGAAAAGGAACCAGAACACAAAAAGGAAGAACCGAAAAAUGUCAGACAGGAAAUCAAUAUCAACCAUGAAGACUUGUCAGAUGUUUCCGAUUUAGAUGAAUCUAUAGGAGGCCAUUCCGACGACGAACGCGACGAAAGAAAACAGAAUGGUGAAACGAAAAAGGAAGAUGUUGAAAUUAUUUCGGAAAAAACCCGACCUGAAGACGGUGAAGAACAGUUAGAUUUUGAAGCAGAAGAUGGAGAAUGCGAAAUGGAAGAAAAGAAGGACAAGGAUGAAAAAGAUUCAGGUUCAUUAGCUGAAGAUGGCGAGAUGGCGGAACAGAGAGAGAAAGAAAAAGAGGAACUUGAAGAGGGUGAAGUUACAGAUGAGGACGAAGUCAGACCUGAAGAGACAGAACCUAGACCUGUGUGUAGAUUUUUCUCAAGGGGGCAGUGCACGUGGGGGGCGAGUUGUCGAUUUUUGCAUCCAGGGGUUACUGAUAAAGGAAAUUAUACAAUGUUUGAACUGAUCCGGCCUGUCGUUCCUGGCGAAUACGGUAGAGAAGAAAGAACCUACGGUAGACCUGAACCAGCACCCGUUGAAUCAGCAUGGGAACGUGGACUUCGCACAGCCAAAGAAAUGCUCCGAAAAUCAAUAAAACGUAAAGAACAAGACAUCGAUUUUGAAGAAAAGAAAAUGAAUUUGAGUCUAGCACAAGAAGAAUUUGAUAAAGAGAAUGGUUAUUACGGACGUGUUGCAUCACCGGAACCAAGAUAUGUAAGACACGUCCCUGUUGAGUAUCCACCAGUGGUUCGGCCACCACCCACUGAAGAAUAUUACGGCCGAAGACAAGUCAUAUACGAACCUGACUACGUACCACCACCGCCACGAGAACGAGUCAGAACAUACCGAGAACUUCCAUCACAUAGAAUGCCCGAUUUUUACAAUAAUAAAUACGAAGAUGAGCCAAUUCCAGCAACUACAAAAACUCGCAAACCUAAACGUGAAGUGAUCGUUCAAAGAGCAGCUGAAGAACGACCUGUGCGAGGAGACGAAUGGUCGGAUCCUUGGAUGAGGUCAAAAUCACCAGCAGGUCGUAAAACUGCAGGAAGAAAACGUUCGUACAGUUCCGGUUCAAGUUAUUCUUCCAGCAGUUCUUCUAGAAGUUCAUCGGAAUCUAGUCGCAGUUCAUUCCGGUCGAGAUCAAGGUCACACAAGAGAUCAAGUCGGUCGCAUCGUAGUAGACAUGUAUCGCCAUCUGUCAUUGUUUCGGAACGCAAAGCAGCCAAUGAGAGAGCGGCUCUAAUGAACCCGCCAGCACCACGAAAACGAGCGCCCUCGCCUGGAAUGAUGAGAGUGAGUGCAACAAAUCCUCCUGCACCGCUCAAAGAGGAUCAGUUCGGUCGCACCCGAAGUAAAAUGGCGAUAGCUGCGGCUCUAGCAAGGGUGAAAGGGCGUCGAAGAUCGUCGAAGUCGUCAUCGGAUAGUUCUGGAUCGAGUUCGAGUGAUUCGGAUUCUUCAGGAUCGAGUAGUUCUUCCAGUAGGGAGGAAAGUUCGCCGCGAAGGACGAGUGGUGUUGAUAUUUCGAUAGCCAAAGCCAUGGAUGCUUUAAAAGGAAGUUCGUCUGAGAAACGGCAAAUUAAAUUGAAUUUGAAAAAUCCGGUAGGUGCACGUAAACCGGAAAUUUCGGACAUUGCGCGUAAAACGGAAGCGUUACAAGGGAAGAAACGUCCGGCGAAUUCGCCUCCGCCGUUGGAUCCCAAGUCGAAGAAGGCGACGUCUCGAAGAGAGGAAUUAUUAAAACAGUUGAAAGCAGUUGAGGAUGCUAUCGCGAAAAAGAGGUCAAAAGUGAACUAAUUGAUCGAUUCAUAACAAUUCCUUUAUAAGGAAUGUUUGCAUAACCAGUGGUUUUCUUAACACACGAUUUUGUGUGGAUGUUGAAUUGGCACUGUUUGUAGAAUUGUGUCAUUGAUGUUUUUCAUGAAUGAUUUCAAAUUAGGUGCUUUUUUCUAGAGUAGGUUAUUAAAUGACUGACGUAUAGCGUUAUGAUUAUUAUAUGGUAGUAAUUUAAUUCACAGUAAAUUGAAUUGUGAUUUUAAUAGCAUGUAUAAUAUUAAUGUAAUAAAAACAACCUUCUUUUAUUUGUUUGUUUAGGUGGUUCAAUGUGGAUUUUUCAUGGUAGUAUUAACGGGUGCCUACAGUGAAUUUAAAGACUAUUCUCGAAUAAAAGUAUUAUAGUAACGAUUUUACACAACACAUUUUUUUGUUGAAAUUUAUGACUUGCUAGUUGGUUGAGAAGAUGUACGUUUCAUGACAAUUUUACUCUUUUUUUUUAAGUUAUAAGAAAUUUGUGCAAAAUAUUGGCAAACAAACGUGUGUAUAAAGUAGAACUUGAAUCAUAAUCUUCUGGAUUAUUUCUAAAUAUUUUGAUAUUUAUAGUUUAAGUAAAAUACAUAUUUACAGUUUUGA